GACUGUUAAUAUGAAGGACAUAUUUGACCGGAGUAAUCAGCAGUACAGUUGCAAUUGGAUUUGAAUCUUACUGGUUUCAUUAGAUUGGAAUUUUCUGAGAAUCUGUGCGAAAUAAAUGAAAUAAAAUGGACUCAUUUGUGUCUAAAUGAGACAUUUGUGUCUAAAAGAAAAAUCAACAUAUAUAUUUUUUUUAUUUAAAAAAAUGUAGGCGAGUAAUUCCUUACAGAAAUAAUUGUAAGGAAAGGAAGUGAAGACACAAACGACCUUUAUUUUGAAAAGAUUAAACGGAAGCUGGGUUUUCCCAUUCCUGCUACGGGACAUCACGGCGACGUGUACGAGAGUACCAGACACUGGACGUUUUGUCAAGUUAAAGUUAUAUGACUGUGAUUUAAUAACGAUGGUCAUCUGAUGAUCUUAAGCAGAGCUGAGCUACAGUCAGGGAAGGACUUUUAAUUAUCGUCACUUCCGCUUUCAUUAAGUUGGAGACAAUCGGACGUGAUAAUUUAUAACAUGAUCCACAACAAGGAGGCUGAAUCUGAAACUCGGUUUUACGGUUUUAUUAGAGCAGUCUCUGUAGGACUGACUCACAUAAUCUCCAUAGCCUUUCCUGUUUUUAUUGCAUUUCUCUCCCUACCCGGAACAAGUGUGUUUUCAUGGCAUCCUUUCCUGAUGACAGUAGCUUUUGGCUUCUUUAUGACGGAAGCCAUCCUGCUCUUUUCGCCCCACGGCUCCUUCAUCAAGAGGUUUCCACACAAGACCAAAGGCCGUGUUCACUGGAUCCUGCAGAGCCUCUGUGGCUCCUGUGCCGUUCUGGGCCUGGCUGCCGUCUACUACAACAAAAAUCUGAACGGUAAAGCCCACUUCACUUCGUGGCACGGCCUGCUGGGACUAAUCACAGUGUGUGUUGUGUGCGUGCAGUCCUUGGCAGCCAUGCCUCUCAUUUACCACUCUCUGGCCAAAGACUGGUCCCUCGCCAAGCUGAAGCGCUACCACGCCGCGUCGGGACUCGUCACCUUCCUGCUGGGCUCCACCAGCCUGCUGCUCGGGCUCUGCUCCUCCUGGUUCACGGCGUCAGUAGGGGGGUACGCCUGGUACCUGGCAGCAAUCUGCCCCGCUCUCAGCGCUCUGAUCAUUAUGAAUCAGGUCUCCAGUGCUUACGUUGCUAAAAAGCGGCUGCAGUCCUGAUGGAGGUGCGUUGGAUGAACAGAGCUAAGCUCACUGUGCUCCUUUUAAAGACUGAAAUAUUACUUCUCAGUUCACAAACUUUCCUGCCUUUUUUGAUUUUUGAUGCAAUUUUUUGUUGGUGAUCUUUCCAUGCUUGAAUGAAUAAAAAGUCAAAAUAUGCAGAAGAG